UAUAAAAAAAAAAUAUACAGAAAGAAAAACUAAGCGAGCAAGGACCGGUGUCGCUCAGUUUUUGUAAUUUGUAAUUGUAUUUGUAUUAAAAUGAGCAAUAUAUUUAAGCUAAAGCUAACUGCUCUUGGUCACCCUAACCCAGACGGCUUUAAUUGUGAAGAUGAGAAAGAGUACAGAAGUGUAGUACUUUGGCUGGAAGAUCAAAAAAUCAGACAUUAUAAAAUAGAAGAGCGAGAGGGCUUGAGAAACAUUGAUAGCGAGCAGUGGAAGAAGGCAUAUAAUACCUAUCAAACUGAUUUAGUAAGUCCUGUGGUACAAGGAACCCCCAAUGAGCAACUAAAUUGGCUUCUGUGCUAUGCAGUCAGAUUAGAGUAUGCUGAUAAUGUAACUAAAUAUAAGAAUGCAAAAGUUGAAGAACCUAAAAAGGCUGCACCUAAUGUUGUGUCCUCAAAUCCUUUGGACAAUCUAGAUUUCAGCAGUCCAGCAUUCAAAGCAGGAGUCGAAAGGAUUUGUGCAAUUGCAGGUGUGGGACCCCAUGUAGACCCCAAAUUUCAGCUGGCUGCUGUUGCUAAGAUAUUGAAAUCAGCCCCACAUCCUGAUCAUCCUAAAAGUGAAGUUAACAUGGUCCACCAGCCAACAGAUGUACAAAAACUGCUCUUUAUACAAGAUCUGAGAGACCUUCAAACAAAAAUCAAUGAAGCUUUAGUCGCUGUGCAAUGUGUCACGGCAGAUCCACGCACUGAUACCACAUUGGGCCGUGUUGGUAGAUAAGUCGACCAACAUUGGCCAGAAAUGGCUUAAACCGAUUAUGUAAUAUGUUGUAUGUACUAAACACAGAAAUAUCUACUGUUUAAAUUUUAUUGUUGUA